UUACUUAUUCAAAUCGACGGCUAUAGUAGUACUAGGAAAUACCACCUUAUUCGACUACUAUUUUACAAAUUUACUAAAACAGUUUUUAUAUAUAACCUUCCAACCUUUAUUAUUCGUACUACUCCUACUAGCGUUGCAGUUAACAAUAUUAAUAGCUAUACUAUCUAUUCCCUUUUAUAA